CUUGAAGGUCUUCAAAAGAUGAUGAAGGUCGGUUAUCCUUCAAAGGCUCUGGUUAUCAGAGUCAACCUGGUUUUCCUUGCUUUCUUCCUCCUCGUCUAUGCCGCCCUUCUUCUCCGGCCAUCUUCAUCUGUCUAUCAUGAGAAUGCAGCAUCCCUUGUCCGGUGCUCAUUGCGCGAAUGCCAUCACAAGGGGGACAAAGGGAUUAAGAUGAAGGCAGUCUUGGAAGAACCAGGAGCUAACCAAUCGAAGCCUCUAAGACAAAUGGUAAAGAGAGAGAAACCGAGCUUUUUGAAUGAAAUGGGCAUUGGGUUGAAGAUGGGAAUGGUGAAUAUGGGAGACGAGGAUGUGAGUGACUGGAAAAUCCAUGGAAAGACUAUACCCAUAUAUUUUGAGCAAGUCUCUCAGUAUUUUGAAUGGAAAGACUUGUUUCCAGAAUGGAUUGAUGAGGAGGAGGAGAUCGAAGGGCCGGCGUGCCCCGAGAUUCCGAUGCCAAGCUUUGAGAGCUAUGGAACUAUGGACAUGAUUGUGGUGAAACUGCCUUGCAAGUAUGAAGAAAAAGGGUGGGGGAGGGAUGUUUUUAGGCUGCAAGUUCAUCUUGUGGCGGCGAAUUUGGCGGUGAAGAAUGGGAGGAGAGGGUGGAAUAGGAGGACGAAGGUGGUGUUGCUGAGCAAGUGCAGACCAAUGAUGGAGCUUUUCCGGUGCGAUGACUUGGUGAAACAGGAAAGGGAGUGGUGGUUUUAUGAGCCGGACAUGGUGAAGUUGGAGCAGAAGAUUUCGUUGCCUGUUGGGUCCUGCAAUUUGGCUCUGCCUCUCUGGGGAAAAGGUCAGGAACUGAUGACAUUGUCAUUCACACCAGCAUCAUUUUUCUCUGAUAAGUAA